AUGGAACAGCUCGAGCAAAUUAAAGAGGAAUCCAAAUAUUUACCAUCGACUAAUCCACUUGUUACGCUGGUCGCCUACUGGGCCGAGCAAGGGAAUAUCGUAGAAACAGAGAAGCUUGUAAGUGAGUGGUUACCAUUAGUCAAUCAAAUGCGAGAUAGCAAGGAAUCAGGUGAACCUCUUCGAACGAAACUUGUCUUCUCGCUGAUCCUGAUGAAAGCACAUCUCGGUGCGCUCAAGGCCGAAGUUGAGAGUAUCGAAGGCGUGAAUGAAAGGCUAGGUGUGCCGUCUCACAGGUCACGAACCUCAGACAUGAGCGCUUUUUUUGAAUCAUGGACCCGACUAGUGGAAAGCUUCUCCGUAAAUGACUUACAAUUACCAUGGGCGAGUAGACAAUAUCAUAAUGCGAUAGUUCAGUUCCAAAUAUUUGCAAAUAGAUUAUCAGAAGAAGAAUUUCCCUUGUCAAAGGCGUACGAAAAAAUAUUGAACAUGAGGUCAGAAGGUAUACAAGUUACUCAGAGGACGUUCCUCUAUUUCCUUGAAGCCCAGGCGCGUACAGCAACGACUGGUAGUACAACAGAGAAGCCCGAUCUCUCCAAGGCAGCUGAGAUUUACUAUUUGAUGGAAAAGUACGGAUAUAAUACUGAUAAAUCGAAAGCAUUCAAAUCAAUGUUAGAAGCAUCCUUUCCUUCGUCUGAACAUCAAUCCAAGGCGCCCGAGGAUCGCUCGAAAAUACUACAUAGCAUAUUCGAUGUUGAACGGAUGAUGGGUUUAAAUGAUGUGCCUCAUAACGUAGAAACUAUGAGGACACUUUUAAAACAUGUAUUUGAAGCAGCUGCCCAAAAAGAAAAUGAAGCAUUAUACGCGUUGAAUGUUGUUCGGUAUCAAAUGUUGAGAGAAUUUCCGCCAGUGAAACCAACCUUUCGUACGUACAGAGCAAUGCUCAAAUGUGCGUCCGUAUGCAAAGAUUUGGGAUUUAUUCAGGAUAUAGUAUCAGAAAUUGAGGGUCAUAUCGCAGACUCGGUACACGAUGAUGAAAACAUUAAAUGGAAUUUGGCGAUUAUUGAUACUUACUUACAUACGCCAGGAUUAAUUAACGAUGGAAAGACACUUGCAGCAAGAUUAAGACUUGAAAGCCGGGUUAAUCUUGAGUACUGGCAGAUACUAAUAGAAUAUUAUGGUGAGGUAGAGCAUAAUAUGGCCAUGGUCAAAAAGGUUUUUGGAUCAUUCUGCGAAUGGAGAAAUAAAUAUGCGGUCUAUAAGUACCCCUCAGAACGGAAGAACGUUAAGAAAGAGAAUGCAGUCCAAGAUAAUGUGGAACAGCCAGAACAUGAUGGGACGAAAACGUCUAGUCACAAUGUGAAGGGAAAUAGAGAAACUGACGAAGAUGAGGCGAAAUUCCCACAAAUCAUACAACCGUUUCCAACACCUCCACUUGGUGUCAAAGACACAAUAAUGAUUAAUCUCUAUCUCAAAUACUCUAUUCAAUCAGGCGCGGAUGAUUUAGCAAAGGAUCUUUUCUUGUCAGUGCUUAAUUGUUUUCCACCAGGACUGGCUAUUGAUCGUUUCGAUCUUGAUGUUCUUAAAGAAUUCGCUUAUUUUGCAUGGCAGGACAAGCGGCAUGAUGAUCUCAUAUGGUUCUUUCACAACGUGAUACAUCGAGUAAAAGCAAGGAAUGAUAAGAGGGAGAAGGCAGCGUAUAAAGAAUUUAAGAAUUGGGUUUUUGAAUACGUGGAAGCGUUUGGUGUUCUUGUCAAGGCAAAAGAGAAACUUGCAAGGAAGUUCGAGAAAGAGAAGGAGAAAAGAGAACCUGCUGCACCACCCGGUUGUGAUAAUGCUAUUAUUGGUCAGAAUUUAAGAAAAUUAGUAUGGAAUUAUCAAAUAGAUAUGGAGUACAAUUAA